AGCGCACGGGGAGACUGACCGGCUCAUCCUUCUUCUCUCUGCAGUUUCCCCCCCUGCCUGGCUGAUCCCUGGAGCGCAGGAUGUCUCUGAAGGUCGUCACCCUCGCCCUGGCGCUGCUCGCCAUCACAGGGGCCCAGGCAGACAUCAGUGCCGAGCAGGUGGCCGACGUGGUCUGGAAUUACUUCACCCAGCUGGGCAGCGGCGCCAAGGACACGGUGGAGCAGCUCCAGCAGUCUGACAUCAGCAAGCAGCUCAACACCCUCUUCCAGGACAACCUCCAGAACGUCAACGCCUACGCGGAGGGCCUGCAGAAGAAGCUGGUCCCCUUUGCCACCGAGCUGCACGCCAAGCUGCGCCAGGACUCGGAGAAGCUGAAGGAGCAGAUCCAGCAGGAGCUGGCCGAGCUGCGCCUCAAGCUGUCCCCGUACGCCGACGAGGUGCACCAGCACGUCAACAGGAACAUCCAGGAGCUGCAGCUCAAGCUGAGCCCGUAUGCGGAGGAGCUGAAGGAGCAGGUGAACCAGAAUACGGCCCUGCUGCGCCAGCAGCUGGCCCCCUACGCCCAGGAGCUGCGGGACAAGCUGCAGGAGAACGUGGACGGCCUCCAGGCAGCCCUGACCCCCUACACCGAGCAGCUGCAGCAGCAGAUCGACAAGAACGUGGCCGGCAUGAAAGACAAGCUGGCGCCCUGGGCCGACGAGCUCAAGGUCAAGAUUGACCAGAAUGUGGAGGAGCUGCGCAAGCAGCUGGCCCCCUACGCCCAGGACGUGCAGGACAAGCUCAACCGCCAGCUGGAGGGCCUGUCCUUCCAGAUGAAGAAGGGCGCGGAGGAGCUGCGGGCCAAGCUCUCGGACAGCACGGAGGAGCUGCGCCAGAAGCUGAGCCCUUACGCCGAGGAGCUGAAGGAGAAGCUGCGCACGGACGCCGAAGGCCUGCGCCAGUCCCUGGGCCCCUACGUGGAAGGCCUGAGCGGGCAGAUGGACCAGAAGAUCGAGGAGUUCCGCCAGACCGUGGCCCCCUACGGGGAGGCCUUCAACAAGCAGCUGGUGCAGAAGGUGGAGGAGAUGAGGCAGAAGCUGGGUCCCUACGCUGGGGAAGUGGAGGAUCAUCUCAGCUUCCUGGAGAAGGACGUGCGGGACAAGGUGGCCUCCUUCUUCAGCACCCUCCAGCAGAUCGAAAACUGAGCGGGUCCCACCGCAGGCUGGGCAGCCUCCCCACUCCACCUGCUCUGCCCCACCGCCACUGCACAAAGCGAGCCGCUGUCUACCUCAGCGCUGGGACCAGCCCCCGGCCGCUGGCUCUUCUGCAGCUCACAGCACAGCGGGGGAAAGCGACCCGGAGCUGUGGAUGCCAGGAGACCAGCACCCGCUGGCGGCCCGGCUGUUCCUGCACUUGACCUCUGUAAAAUUGCACUAUUGUGUCUGCUGAAAUAAAAGUGCAACAGCAAUGCC